AUGGUACAGAAUGAAAACGGAAAUAUACAAAUUCUGACCUUGAAUGCAAACCCUCUUCAAGAAGAACAGGACUCUCUUCAAAUCUUAGAUGCUCGUGUGAGUAACACAUUCACACUGGACUUGUGUAUGAUGCCUAAUCUUCAAAGAUUGUUUCUGAUCAACUAUAAGAUCGAAGAAGUUCACAUUUCUGAUAAUUGCAUUAACGAUAGUAGGAUGAAUGAUGAUCAUCCACACAGUCUCAGGUUUUUGUACCUGGAUCGGAACUCUAUUGGAGAUGUUACGUUUCUUAGGAAACUCCCUCGUUUAGAGAGAUUGUCUUUGUCUCAUAACAAAGUUCAGACUGUAGAUUGGGGACACUCUGAUCAACACAACAGACUUCAAUACAUUUCACUGUCUCGUAACCAACUUCAAAUUCUUGAGAAUUUUACGCAGCUUGAUGUCCUUAGCCAUAUAAAUGUAUCUUACAACCAGAUUCGGAUGGUCAAGAAAUACGCAUUUCAGGGUUCGACUAAUUUGACGCAUUUGGAUAUCCGAGGCAACUACUUGAUGAUGAUCCCUGACUUGUCGAGUUUUCCUAGACUGUUUUAUCUGGAUCUUAGUGGAAACCUCUUGGAACGCAAUCCGAUUCACCAGCUACCAAGUGAGUAUUUCACCAAUCUAGCUUAUCUUCAUUUAUCCCACUCAAAUCCGAUGACUCUAUCGUAUUCAUUGACGGUGAAAAGUACAUCUCUUCUAGUGUUGUCAAUGACCAACAUCCCGAUGUUUCAUAAGUUCUCUGAAAAUAUCACCUUUGAUUUACCUACGUUAGAUAUUCUGUUCCUUAGUGAUAAUGGUAUAAUCAAUUUACCUAAAAUAACAGCCCCUGACCUUGAUAGUCUGGUUCUUAGUAAUAAUGAAAUCAAGUUUCUAAUACAGGAGGUGUUCCAAGGUAUUCCAAGGAUCCGCUAUAUUGAUUUGAGUAGCAAUCACAUUAGAAGUAUCCCUCCUGACACUUUUGCAAGUAGUAUUUACAUCGGAGAGCUUAAUUUGGAAAACAAUCAGAUACAUCACAUCAGUGAGUCUGCGUUCAUCAACCAAAGGGGUGGAUUCAUUCUACGACUUGGAAACAACCAUCUCGUAUCGAUUCUACCAAGUAGUCUACCUGUUCUCUCGCGGACCGUCUACCUUGAUCCAAAUCCAUGGAACUGUGACUGCGAAUCAACAUCGAUUAAAAGAUGGCUCUUGCUAUCAGGUGUCAAUCUGUAUCAGUGUAUGAACCCAUUGUAUUUGAGGAAUAUGAGUCUUGUGAGUCUGAAUGAGACAGAUUUGUGUCACGAUGAGUAUGGUGACUUCAAGUCUACAGUGACCCAAACCAGUCUUAGUAUGUCUAGUGGAGUAAAUAGAAUUCUGUGUAGCUAUUGUCUAAAAUUAACAUGGGCACUACUUUUAUCUUCAUACUUGUAUCUGUGA